AUGCCUUGGCGUUCGUUGAUGCGUUAUUUGACGAACAAUGAAGAACUGAUUCGACGCCUAUCAGAAUCUUACCCCAUUCGACGAGCAGCACAGCUAACAGCUUACUUCUUCAAUGUAGGCAAAGAUAAAUUUAUUGAACAUCGAGAUACAUGGACGAAUUACAAGAAUUUACGUCAACAACAAGAAAAGGGUCGAACAUCAUCGUCAUCAUCAUCAACAACAGCCACAAGAAAAUCAACAACAUCAACCAAUAACAAUAAAAGAAAACCUCUUCCUUGA